AUGCUCGUCGGUCUGGUGGAAGAGAUGACGCAUAAGUGGGAACGGCAACUCGACGACGGCGGGGAGGGGGGAUGGGAUGACGACAUGCUGGCGAGAGAAGGCACCGGAGGUGACGGCAACGUCGGGGCGCAUGGGAGAUUAAUUCGCUACCUCGCAGUCACUCCUGUUCGGACCCAAUAGAAUGGAUUGUAGGCUCAAAAGGAAUGUAUUGUGUGGUGGGUGGUGCGCACACGGAGUUGAUCGUUAGUAGCCGAGGGACAUGCAAUGUACUCUGAACCGAACCGUUGCGGGAAAGGGGGCAGGAAAAUGAAGAUGGAGGGUGGAAGCAGCCAUGAAAGCGAUACGAUCGGCAGCCCUCGAGGGGCCUGGGCUGCCUAUCGGGGUGAUCGAUUGGCCGGGAGUCGCUAGCAGCCUGUGGAGGCGACAUUCAGUUGCAUGGUCGCCACAGCUAUGCCAGGGGUUGUGGAAGUUCGUGGCGUACGGCGACGUCGGGGCAGCGAUGAACGCGCUUCCGAGAGCAGGGGAGACGCUCAACGGCGCGUGGACCCGGCAGGAUCUGCUGUACGACUCAGAUGCGGAGGCGUUGUCCGUCAACCCGCUCUUCAUCUCCAAGAAAGACACAACCUCCAAAGUCCCGAGGUGGGGGCGGUCGAGAUCGAACCCUGCCGGUAAGCGCGAGUGGAGCCUGGCGGAGAAGGCGAGGAGCGAGGAGCCGCUCCGUCGAGCGCCGAUGCUCAUGAGCGGCUCAAUCGACCUGCGACACUCUCCCGACAGGCCCGGCAGGGUCGGGAAGCAGGCCGCGGGCCGCGCUUCGGACGAAGAUCAGCUCGUGCCCCUCUGCACAAUCGCCGCGCGGCCUACGUUUGUUCGGACCCGCAAGCGGCCUGCGAAGGGGAUUGCUCGGCCGCGGGACCCGCUGUCACCGCGAAGCGCGAAAGCUGCCGCUGAGAUCGCAGAAGCGGAAGCUCGAGUAUACGAGGAGCGGCAGGGGAUGCAGCUUCUCCUACAGCAGUCCGCAGCAGACUCUUCGGCGACCGGAAAACAGAACCCGAAGGUCAACCGCGCCUCUGGCAACGCCCACGCUGCAGGCUCACCCCCGUUAGCGCAGGCCGGCGGCGUUGGAGGUGUAGCGGAGGGUCCGAGGCUGCAACAAAAGAAGCAGAGGAACAACACCACCAGCGUCGAGCGGGCCGCGUCCGAGGCGGCAAAGCGGGCGGAGGUCUGGGCGGCGGCUAGCGAUGCGGCAGCAGCCGCGGCUGCUGCCGCCGCUGCUGCUAAGGGUUCUGCAGCAGCGUCGGCUUCCACUACCGCACGGUGGUCAAGCCAUCGUCCGCCGACUGGUGGGCCUGCAAGAGGCUUGGCUUCGGUUCCACAGCAGGUGGAAUGGCAGAGUCAGGGAGAUGUUUGUACGGCGGACUCUCAGGGCCGCCAACACGGUCGGCCCGUGGUAUCGGAGGGGUCCUCCCCCCCGGUGCCGCCAACCGCAAACCUCCACGCGUUGCACGUCGCCGCGAACGCCGAAAGCGACGGCGCCGCCGGCAGACCGCCGCCGUCGUCCCAAGACCCGGCUGUA